GUGAAGUGUAGGAAACGUAAGAGUCACGUGAUGUAUUUGUCUGUUCAACUGAAAAGCUAUUUGAUAUGAUUUUCACAAAGUUUCUUAUCAUCUUUGUAUCUUUCGUGGUGGCGUGGGGCGUUGCUGAUGUCUCUUCUGAAGUCCCCUUAAGACUGGAUAUUUACACCCGAUCAGUGCGAGCUUACCAGGGACUUCCGCUUGUUGUGACGUGCGAGGUGAAAAGCGGGGAAGUGUUGGGAACUGUGGUGUUCACGAGACCCGGCGACAAGAAAUCUGUUCUUCAGUGCGACAAUAAAUUCACGACCAAGAGCUGCACCCCGAUUGUCGGCGGUUACCAGCUGAGUGCGGCAUGGACGUCAGGGUACCAGAUGACCGUCGAGUCCUUCAGCUUGGCGGUUGACGAGGGACCCUGGUCGUGUGGCGAUUCACACACCCCGUCCCACCUCUCAACAGUAAACAUUCGAAGUGCUCCCAUCUUCAAGGUCACGCACAACGAACUGCCCGCACAAAAGAACAAUUCUGCUCGCUACUUCAUUCCAGUGGCUGGUGUAUGCACCUCCCCAGUGCCUCAGUGCAAGUGGAAAAUCAUGGAAGCUGGCAAGAGCGAGUUGAAGAAUCCCGCCGGCGUAAACACCCAUACAUUUGUGGAAACAUGCCACGACGAUGAGCAGGCCAACUGCACGCUAGGAUUUUACAAAAUCCCAGACGCUUUCCGUGGAAAAUACAUAAUCUUCUCCGUGAUGAUCUCCCACCCCUCCAUCCCUGGCAACCCCAUCACGCCUGCACCCAGUCCCGUUCUCUUCUUCCCAGGUAAUAAUGUCUCUUAGUUUAGUCUUUCUCUC